AUGCGUACAAACAUAGAUAAGAGAACGACGAAAACGCAAAAACGACCGUUUUCCGGAAAUCCUAGACCAUCAGCAUUCCGUGACCCAGAUGACUUCUUUGCAGGGUUCCGAGACUUUGCUGAUAUCACAGUUCCCACCAAGUCAUCAUUCUCACAAUACCAUAUGGUAUAUGCUCCGAUGGAGGAUUUACCAUCGAGUGAAGAAAAGGUCAAGUCGAAAAAGAAGAGGAAGUUAAACAAACAUUUAGAGAAUGAAAAUGAUAAAACAAUUAAAGCUAAAAGAAAAAUGCACAUGGGUGAAAAGGAAUUAUACGAACCAAUGAUUGCGCUAAAUAGUGCUUUUAGUAAAUUUUGCGUAUUAUUUUCACCUUCUGAGGCUGGUUAUAGUUCAAACCAAUCACUUCAUACAUUUGUUAAAAAGGGGUACAAUAAUUGGAAAAAAGGCUUGGAAAAAUUCGAAAAACACGGAAGUUUAAAUUAUCAUAAAGAAGCUAAUUUAAAAGCUGACCAUUUUAUGGAUACUUUAGAGAAUCAAGAAAAACUUAAACCGAUAAUAAAAACAAUUAUUUUGUGUGGACGACAAUGUCUACCACUUAGGGCACAUCGAGAUUACGGAACGUUUAAUAUAGAUCAAGAGCCCGAAUGCAACGAAGGUAAUUUUCGAGCGUUACUUAGGGCACGAAUUGAUUCAGGAGACACAAAUUUAAAACAGCAUUUAAUGACUUGCGGAAAAAAUUCAACGUAUAUUAGUUGGAAUAUUCAAAACCAAAUAAUAGAUGCUUGCGAUGAAGUAAUUUUAACAAAACUUGUAACUAAAAUUAACAACGCUAAAUGUUUUACUAUACUCGCUGACGAAACGUCUGAUAUUUCCUCUAUUGAACAAUUCGCAUUGUGUAUAAGAUAUAUUGAAUCAACCGAUGUAAACAAUUUUAAAAUAGUUGAACAUUUUUUAAAAUUUGUACCAGUAGAAUCAACUUCGGGUCAACAUUUAGCAGAUGUACUUUUAGCAACAUUGAAUUCAUGUGGUAUUAAUAUAAAUUAUUUACGCGGACAAGGCUACGAUGGGGCUGCAGCGAUGAGUGGCAAAUUUAAAGGUAUCCAAGCGCGUAUAAUAGAAAAAUAUCCAACUGCACUCUAUGUACAUUGUGUUUCACACAGCUUAAAUUUGGCUUUGUCUAAUGCUGUUGAUGUAGUACCUAUUAGGAAUAGUUUUGGUGUUGUAGAAAAAGUAUACACGUUUUUUAAUACACCAAAACGUCAAAUUAUUUUAAAAAAUCAAAUUCAACUCUUAGUUCCUGAUAUUAAUAAAACUAAACUUGUUCAACUAUGUCCAACUAGAUGGGUUGAACGACACGAUUCAAUAAUAGUAUUUAAUCAACUUUUAUUACCUGUGGUGGCGGCGUUAGAAGAAAUUCAAUCGUGGAACUGUAAAGACUCUUCAUCAGGUGCAUUUUUACUUUUAAAUGGUAUUCGUCAAUCUACAUUUAUUAUUUCAUUACUUUGUUCAGAAAAAUUAUUAGCUUAUACUUUACCAAUAAGUAAAAUACUUCAAACGACAGAUAUAGAUCUAUCAACUGCAGUUAACCAAGUAGAAAGUGUAGUGUCUAUUCUCCGACGACUUAGAAGUAAUGCCGACAAUGAAUUUAAACAAUUAUUUUUAGAAGCACAAGAAGUUGCCUCUAAUUUAUACUUGACUAUGUCUAUACCUAGACUAACAAAACACCAAACUAAGCGAUGUAAUACACCAUCUGAAAAUAUUGAAGAAUACUAUAGACGUUCAAUUUUUAUUCCAUGGGUCGAUUCAUUUCUUAAUAGUCUUUCUGAUCGAUUUUUAAAACAUAAAAAUCUCCUAACAAGUUAUAAAUGUCUUUUACCAACCGGACGUAAUCCAACAAGUGAACAAAUUUCAAGUUUUAAAAAUCUUUUUGACUUUUACGAAAAAGAUAUGCAACAAAUUAGUUUUUCUGUCGCUAAGGCCGAAUUCGAAUUGUGGUAUGAAAAAUUUAAAAACUGUGGUUAUACUUUACCGCUAAACGCAAUUGAUGCAACAACUCUAUUGAUGUCAAGAAAUAGAAAGCUUGACAUGAAGGACAACUGGUCAAAUGAUCCACUUCUUCAUACACCAAUUUUUAAUAAAAUUAUGUCUAGAGGUAGGUACUUACCGAUUCUAAGAAUGAUUCAUUUUUGCAAUAACGAGAACCAAGUAAGUGAAAAUCACUUAUUCAAACUUGACAUGGUAUUGGAUGAAGUUAGAGCAAAUUUCAAAGCAGCUAUGGUUCCCUUUCAAAACUUAGUAAUAGACGAGAGCUUAGUCCUCUGGAAAGGCAGGCUAAGUUUUAAAAAAUUUAUUAAGUCAAAACGACACCGUUUCGGAAUAAAGUUCUUUGUGAUCUGUGAUGUUGAGACGGAUUAUAUUCUUGACUUCAUAAUAUAA